GAUUUCAUAUAGCCUUGAUACUAAUUAGAGCAGUAGUGCUGCUUUACAUUCUCUCCGAUUUAAAAAGUUGUGUUUUUUCUUUGCCUUUAACGAAAUAGUGAUUCUGGUACAUGGUGAACUUUUAGGGUUUGUCUAAACUCACAAGUUGUACCACCACAAUACAGGUAUAGUUAAAGUGGUAUUAACACCCUUGUGUGGAUACUGUUGCAUUGGUAUAAAAGUGCUAAUUUGUAUAGCUUAUUCUUAUAAAUUGUAGGGGAUAAACUAUACCAGUAUAACUUCAUGCACACUAGGGGUUGUACCAAUUUAAUUAUUUCAGUAAAAAAAAAAUCACACCCUAAUAGAAAUAGUUAAAUCAGUACAAAACCUUUGUGUGAGUCAGGACUUGGGUUGAAUAGUAGGAUUUUUUUCCUUUAAAACUUAAAUCUUCAGUUCAACUCCACUGAUUUUAGCCGCUGAUGGAGUACCAGGGUAGAAUGGCUGAUAGUGUCAUAUGAUUGUACCCACAGGAAGCUGCAAUCUGUACUAAAGCUCACAACAUUGCUACAGGUGGUAGUUACAAUGGCAAAACAUCUAAAUCAGCGUAGUGUUGACAAAGCAUAAGAAUCAUUAACUAAAUCCCUGUUUCAUUACAUGGAAGUCUCAUCUAAUAUCAUGUGACUUAGGGUAAAUGAUUUUGUAUUACACUAUCAGUACAAACAUAUGCUAAAGUAUAUUCAUGUUACUUCUUAUCUCACAGAGGAAGGGGGUUGUGACAGUUCAAGCAAAUCUUAUUGGUGAAGGAGUUUCUAUGUGACUUUUUCUAAAUAGCCAUUUCCUUACUUAACCAUACCAUUACGUGUGAAAGUAGACUGAACAUCAACCUCUCUCAGGAAGGAAAGACUGCAGGGGAGAAAACCUUACUAUUUUAAAAUACUUGUGGUAAAAUUCUGCUUCCAUCUUAAGAAGAAAAAGUUGGUACAACAUAAUGUUAUGCUUUUUAGAUUGGUAUUUACCUGUACUGUGAAAAGUUAACUUCUUUUGUGAGAUGUAUUUCUCAGAAAAGAUUGAUAUUGAAGAUGACAUAAAUAAGAAUGCAGUCAUUGCACAUGAAGGAAUCCCUUCUGGUAUCUUGUCUCAGACUAUGAAUUACGUGGGACAGCUUGCAGGACAAGUUCUAGUUACUGUGAAAGAGCUAUAUAAAGGCAUUAACCAGGCCACUCUUUCAGGAUGCAUCGAUGUAAUUGUGGUUCGGCAGCAGGAUGGUACAUACCAGUGUUCUCCUUUCCAUGUCCGAUUUGGGAAGCUUGGUGUUCUGCGUUCUAAGGAAAAAGUGAUUGAUAUAGAAAUUAAUGGAGACACAGUUGAUCUUCAUAUGAAGCUGGGUGACAAUGGAGAGGCUUUCUUCGUACAGGAAACUGAAGAAGAAUACGAAAAAGUUCCUGCAUAUCUGGCAACCUCCCCAAUAAUCACUGAGGAUCAGUUCUUUAAAGAGAUUGAAGAUCUCUUGCUGAAGUCGGGUGAAAAUGAAAGGACAUGUCAGAGCUCUGAAGUUACACACAUCAUGGAAACAGAGACUCUGUUCACCUCAGGGUCUGUGAAGAAGAAAAAGCGAAGAAGAAAGAAAUAUAAACAAGAUAGCAAGAAGGAAGAUCAGAUCUCCUCUUCUGGGGUUGAAGAGAUUUUUGAAAUAGAAAUCAGCUCCGAUGACGAGAGGGGUGUUCAACAUCUGAGAGGAUCCUCAAAUUCUUCACCAAAGAGUGAAGAGCAGAAAGAGCCUUUGAUUUAUCACUCCAAGGAUCAUUACCCUUUAUCUGAUGGAGACUGGUCCCCUUUGGAGAACCCUUUCUCAGACCCAGUCUGUCCUAAAAGUGAUUCAGAGCUAGAAGUGAAACCUGCAGAGAGCUUGCUUAGAGCUGAAUCUCAUAUGGAGUGGACAUGGGGAGGAUUCCCAGAAUCUACUAAGAUAAGCAAGAAGGACAAAUUGGAGCAUCCUAGAACAGCUACCAUUACCCCAUCAGAAAAGACUCAUUUUAGGGUCAUUCUCAGCUCUGAUGAAGUUGAAGAUGAUUUUUUGGUGAAAGAUUCUGUCUGUACGGUACUGAAACCUGAGCCAAGAACUCAUCCCCUGUUUAAGCAAAUAGAGGUUAAAGAUUCUCUUGCGUCUGCAGUCAUAGAACCUCUGCUGGAGAUCCCUCAAGAAUCAUCUACAUUAGAUGCUGAUCAUCUCCCCAGCCCAUUAGGAGAUAGUCCUUCAGAAGCAAAACCACCAGCAAAAAUUGACUCUCCUUCAAAAAAGAAAGGGGCGCACAAGCGAAGCCAACACCAGGGGCCUCAUGAUAUUUACUUGGAUGACUUGAAGGCUUUGGAACCUGAAGUUGCUGCACUCUACUUUCCCAAAAGUGAUUCUGAUCCAAGUUCCAGACAGUGGACUGAGUCGGAUACCCUCUCUGGUUCCCAGUCACCACAGUCCGUGGGAAGUGCUGCUGCUGACAGUGGCACAGAGUGCAUGUCUGAUUCUGCUAUGGACUUGCCUGAUGUCACGCUUUCUGUCUGUGGAGGUCUAAGUGAAAAUGGAGAGAUCUCUAAAGAAAAAUUCAUGGAACAUAUUAUUACUUACAAUGAAUUUGCCGAAAAUCCAGGACUCAUAGACAGUCCUAAUCUAGUGAUAAGGAUUUACAACAGGUACUAUAAUUGGGCAUUGGCUGCACCCAUGAUUCUCAGCUUGCAGGUGUUCCAGAAAAGUUUGCCUAAGGCUACAGUAGAGUCUUGGGUUAAAGACAAGAUGCCCAAGAAAUCUGGAAGAUGGUGGUUCUGGCGCAAGAGGGACAGCAUGGCUAAACAACCACCAGAGGCAAAGGAGGGUAAGUCUGAGGCACAAAGAACAAAUGACCUGCCAGCAACUACAAAAGAACAAGUUAAUAGCAGGCCGACAGAAGAUGAUUCUUCUAGUGAUGAAGAGUCACAAGAGCUGAAAGAAUCCCUAAAAAUAGAUUCUGUCCCAGUGGAACAUCCAAACCAUGGGAACACUAUCUCUUAUAAGAAGUCACUUAGACUGUCUUCAGACCAAAUAGCAAAAUUGAAGCUCAAAGAUGGUCCAAAUGAUGUUGUGUUCAGUAUUACAACCCAAUAUCAAGGUACUUGCCGCUGCGCAGGAACAAUAUACCUCUGGAAUUGGAAUGACAAAAUCAUCAUCUCCGAUAUUGAUGGAACAAUAACAAAGUCUGAUGCCUUAGGACAAAUUCUCCCACAGCUUGGCAAGGACUGGACCCAUCAAGGCAUUGCAAAACUCUACCAUUCCAUCAAUGAGAAUGGCUACAAGUUUCUGUAUUGCUCUGCUCGUGCUAUUGGAAUGGCAGAUAUGACAAGAGGGUACUUACACUGGGUGAAUGACAAAGGAACAAUCCUACCCAGGGGCCCCCUGUUGUUGUCCCCCAGCAGCUUGUUCUCAGCCUUUCAUAGGGAAGUGAUAGAAAAGAAGCCUGAAAAGUUCAAAAUCGAGUGUUUGAAUGAUAUCAAGAACUUGUUUGUGCCGAAUAAACAGCCUUUCUAUGCUGCUUUUGGAAACAGGCCCAAUGAUGUAUUCGCCUACACGAAAGUGGGAGUCCCAGACUGCAGAAUAUUUACAGUGAACCCAAAGGGUGAACUGAUCCAGGAACGGACAAAGGGAAACAAGUCCUCGUAUUUCAGGCUAAGUGAGCUUGUGGAACAUGUGUUCCCACUACUCAAUAAAGAACAGAGUUCUGCUUUUCUGUGCCCGGAAUUCAGUUCCUUCUGCUAUUGGCGACAACCAUUUCCUGAGGUGAACAUGGAAGAUCUAGCCUGAACAACUCUGCUUACACGGAGAUGGGAUUUCAUAUCCAGUCAUUCAACUUCAGUUUAAAUGUGAAGAGAGAACUUCUUUUCUGGAGAUGCUAAUUUAUACAUUGGUACCAUGAGUCUUACUUAAGACAAUACUUUAAGUCUAUGGGUUUGGCACAAACGAACAAAAUGCAAAGUUUCUGCAUCUCUGACUUUGCUUGACUUUUUAAGGCAUUUAAGAUCCGCCUAUGUGAUAGCAGCAGUACUGAGACACUAGAUGGCAACACAAAGGUGGAGUUUUUGCUGCAUCUUUGCCUUUCCAUAGAUACAAAAUUUACCUUAAAUAUAGACCUUUUUGUAUAUUAGUCUCCUUAAUAUUUUUUUUAAAAAAGAAGCCAAAAAGUGCAUGGAAGCUGCCAAAUAGACUAUCAGCCAUGUUAUAGCAGUUAUAGACUAAUUUUCAAAUUGGUAAUUAGGCCAUUUUAAAAAGGAGUAACUGUCUGAAACAACUAUGGCUCCAUUUCUCAUAAACAAAAUAUAGAAAAUGUCUUAAACAUUAACCAGCUGACAGAAACUGAAGCUAUAAAGUUCCUCCUUUAAAUGUAAAUAGUAUUGUCACAUGUACAGUCUAGUGUAUAUUAAAGGUAGAGGCUGUGCUUGUGCAGCAAGGUGCCACUCAUGUUAACUCUGCCUCUUACAUUUUUCUAAACAUACAGUGAUUUGACCAUUUUAUGAGCUUAUUGCUUAUUUUAAAUCCAAAGCUGUCUUGAGAAGUUUCAGUUUGCCUUUUGAUUCUUGAAUGACUUUUGUUAUUCCCAAGCUGCAACCUUCCAUGUCAAUUUUCAGUCGAGAGAAAGUUGCGGAAAAAGCUUUACUGUAAUAGCUGAGAAGUUGGCAUUUCUUUACAGCACUGAAAUGCAUAUGUGUGUGUAGGCCAGUAAAAAGCAUGUACAGAUUAUAUUCAGGGAGUCGUCAUUGAAGAAAAUUAUGUAUUUAUUUUUUUUAAUUGCAUCUACUGCAGGCCUUUCCAGAAUUGUGUGUUAAGGGUUUUCAGUUGUUGAAGCAAGUACUGUGCAGCAGUGAGCCCCCAGGUGUAAGGUUUGUGUUCUGAAUGCUGUAUAGCAGAGCAAAGCCAACAGAGUUUUCAGGUAAAUGACAAGCAGUGCUGUGUGGCCAUUCCUUGGUUUCAGAUCAGCGCCUAUAAAUUACUGUAUUAUGCGAACUGCCUCAUAGGCCUAAUACUUACCAACUCCAAAAGCAGUUUGCCUGCAGUCUUCACUGGGUAUCCAAAAAAUUCUUGAAAGGCAAAGGUUUUUCCUUUUGGUUUGUACAGCAAACUUAGGAAGGGUAUAGUAUUAUAAAGCUGGAGUGAAAUUCUGUGCUGUGCCUCUUAGAGGUGCAGAGUGGAAUUGAGGAUGUUGACCCUAGGCUGUCAAUGAAAACAGCAGUUUUGGUAGAUUUUUUUUUUUUAGAAGGAAUCUUUUAUUUCCUUUGUCAGUCUGAGAAUUCUCCAUGUGAGGUUCUAACAUCAGGCGCUAGCUCCAGUCAACUGAAAAACAGAUUCACUGAAUAUUUUUGGAUCAACAUAUCAUUUGAAGUAGGUUAUUUCUAAUGAUUAGCUCGCAGCAACUGGAAUUAUAAGCAAGGAGGUGAAGUUGCAAAGGGGACCUGGCUCUUUUGUGAAGGAAAGGAAAAAGCGAAUUACAUCAGUUUGAACUUUUCUGUUCCAUAUAAACAAAUGAUUUAAAUGGCAGCCUCAUUAGAGCAUAUGGAUUUCAUGGUAUGCUAAUAAUCAUUUCCACAGAAAAGUUGGCCAUUCCCCAAGUCUACUUAGUGGUUAAGUAGAUAGGACUACAUUUUUUUCAUGAUCCAAACAAAUGUCUAAAGAUGUUGUUUUAUAAGUUAGUAUUAGCCGCAACCAUCAGUGUACAAGGAUUACUCAAUCAAGAGCCCCAGUCUUUGUCUUUAAUGGAAGCAGUAGUGGGCUGCAAAUGCUAUUGCUGGUUUGUUUCACAGGUUCAGAUCAGAAUGGAACGUGGCCUAUUUUAUAGAUCACUGCACUGAGCAAAGGCUUAUAAACCCCAGUCUUUAAAAGCCCUGUAGCUAUUUUUAUUUUCUUUCUUGGUUUCUUCUAAUAGGGAAAGCCAUUUCCCAAAGGGUACAAUUUUCAUAAGUUGCUUUGAAAAUCAAUGAGAUACAGGCUAUUAAGUGCAAAGAUUUUCCUCACGGUGAUGAAAAAAUCUUUCCACAAAAGGAAUGGACCUGCAUCUCCUAGAUCAGUUCUUCUGUAGUAGUCAGAAUUUCCUUCAGCACUUUUAGCUCAUUCUCUGGUGGCCUUGGCUUAAUGCAGUUUUUUAUUAAGUACUUGAUGAAAUUCCAAAUUGGGCAGAAGGCAAGAAUGUGGCUGUAUCUUACUUUGCUAGUUUCUCUUAACCUAGGUUUUCAUGUUCUCUACAGUUUGACACAUGCAGUGAUGAAUUCUGUGGACUUUAAGGUGGGGGACAGGGUAAAAUCAGCAUAAAACCUGUUUUAAACAACAAACUGAAUAGGGUCAAAUGUCUCCUUUAAGCACCAGUAGUUUAAAUUUAAUGUGAGCACUUGGAUUGUGUUGCAAUUUUGGGGUGAAUUUUUGGCAUUUAAGGAUUUCCAAAAAGCUGCUGAAUAUAUAUGCUGCCCUUCCACUCUGUCUGUGAUGGUUACAAUUCUGCUACAUAGUUUGAGUCUUCCUGAUAUGCAAAUUGUUUUUUUAAUUUGAAACCAACUUGCAUUUGGAGCCCUACUCAGAUUAGAUGGUAAUAAUACUUCAGAAUCCAUUUUGGGGACUGAACUUGGUUGUUCUAUGCAGACCAUUACUUACAUACUUAGGGAGGUAAAAUGUCCAGUAUUCCAAACAAAUUCUAGAAAAGACAUCUCGUUAGAACUGUCAAAUGGUAGGUUUGUGCUACAGUAUUACAAUAUGAAGUGGAUACAUUAGAAUUACACAUUAGUCUGCUUCCUUUAUUUUACCUUAGUAGAAAUAGAUGGUUUGAAAACAAUGUUUGUGCUAAGCCUAUUUCAGAUCAGCACAAAUUAACUCAUUCUUUCUGUGAAAGAGAGGAGCUUUUAAGUGUGUGUACACACACGCACACCUCUUAAGACUGUUGUUGAAGAUGCAGAUCCCCUUUGCAUUGGAACAGUGUUUGACACCAUAAACUUCCACAGUAUUUAUCUGGGGAUAAAUAAAAAAAGGAACACUGCAGUUCAGAUCUGGUCAGUCCACUAGACACUGCCCAUUUCAAUAGUGAUUAAAGAUCAUAACUUAGUCACUUGUAUGUAUAGAGGUAAACAUUUCUGGAUUUCUUUUUUACUUUCAUGUGUUUAAGCUUGUACUUCAAAAAUGUGGGACUUUUCAUCUUUGAGUAUAGAAGUGCAGGUGUGAUGCUGGAUCAUGUAUUCUUAGCCUAGUGACAUCAUUCUACUGUUUCUAGAACAUAAGUCUUCAACUGGAAAAGUCUUAACACUUAAAUCAACUAAAUUACAUAACUUCUGACAAACUCUGAAUCAGUCUGGCAAUUGUAAGCCAAAUGGGUAAAAAGAUUCAUUUGACAUUGUAUUCAAGUCUCCUAGAAAUAGACUCCUCAACAUUUGAAGGAGGAGUUUAAAAAUAAGCAACUAAAUUACAACUUCAUUAGAAAUGUCUAGUGAAUUUUAGAUGCCUUUGAAUUGUCACUUUUGCCUAAGAAAGUUUUGUUUCCUAUGUUAAAUCCUGCUAAGCAGGAUGAAACUCUGCUUCGUUUUUUUAAAAAAAAACAAGUGUUAAUUAUCUCCAGAUGAAAGCUGCAUUUUGAUUUGUUUUUAAGGUGAGGGUCAGGAGAACUCGAAUACUUUGUUUCAUUAUUAAAUUGAGGACAUGUGAAAUAGUUGAUUGUUAAACCACACAAUCACUAAUAAGUUAGUGUUAAAUAGUCAAUUCUGUAAAUAUGCCAGUACAGUGGUCUUUGUAAAGACUGGACUGUCUUUGGGUAUAUAACCUACACUUUGGUGCAAUGUUUAUUGGUGUUCAAAACAAUGUUGCCACAAUAAACAAACUUAAAGAG